ACGUCAUAACAAAAAUAUCAAACGUGCUUUUGCUUUGGCCGGUUCUCGUUCGUUUCUCGCCCAAACGCGUGUGUUUUCACCUAGAAAAUCCCGAAAAUCGCCCUAAAUCCAAACCAAAAUGCGUAAAAAAGGACGUCGCAACAAGAAGGUCCCCAAAGUAAAGACGGACGCCCCGGAAUUCGAAGAACCAACGGCACUCAAAAAUGCCCCGCACACGUUCGUGAUCCACCGUGGUGAACGGUGCUCCUCGGUGGUGGCGCUGUCGCGAGAUUUCCGCCGUAUGAUGGAACCGUUCACCGCCAGUGCUCUGCGGGAACGACGCGUCAACAAGGUCAAGGAUUUCGUACACCUGUCCGGAUUUUUCCACGUAUCGCACAUGUGCCUGUUCUCGCUGUCCCCGCAAACCUUGUCGCUGAAAAUCAUUCGCAUGCCCAAGGGCCCCACGCUGACGUUCCGGGUGACACAAUACACGCUGGCCAAGGACGUGAUCAGUAUGACGAAGAAGCAAUUUGUAGACGAGGAAAGCUUCCACACUCCUCCGCUGGUGAUCCUGAACAGCUUCAGCGGUGAAGGAAGACAUCUCAAGCUGAUGGCUUCCACAUUCCAGAACAUGUUCCCGCCGAUUAACUUGUCGACGGUGAAGCUGUCGUCGCUAAAGCGAUGUGUUCUCCUGUCUUACAAUCCGGUUUCGAAGCUGAUCGAUUUGCGUCACUAUUCCGUGACGGUGGUUCCGGUCAAUUUGAACAAAGGCGUCAAGAAAGUCGUAACCCGCAACAUCCCGAACAUGUCCAAGUUUGAGGACAUUGCUGAUUUCGUGGAGAAAGGCCAUUUGCUGUCGGACUCAGAAUUUGACGACGAGGAAACACAUGUAGUUCUGCCACAGAAUCUACGCAGGGGAAAUUUGGCGGAUAACAAGUCUUCCCUAAGAUUGCAUGAAAUCGGGCCACGCAUAACAAUGCGCCUGAUGAAGAUUGAAGAAGAUCUAUUGACAGGCGAAGUAUUGUACCACGAUUACAUCCAGAAGAAUGCCAUAGAAGUGGAAGAACUACGCAAGAAGCGGGCCGCCAAGAAGCGCCUCAAAGAGCAACGCAAGGAGAAACAAGAGGAGAACAAGAAGAAAAAGGAACAGCAGAAGGCGGAUCACAAGGCAAAGACGUCCGGUGGAACUCUUACAGACAGAGACAAGCAGCUGCUCAAGGAUGCCGAGGAGGCCAUUGGAGAGCAGUCGGAUGAGGAUGAUACUCGCUACUAUGAGGAUGCGAUCGGUGAGGCACCCGAGAAGGAACUGUUUGAAGGACAGAGUGGUACCCGGAAGAGGCCUUUCAUUCCGAAGGGAUCGAACUAUUCGUUGAAACCGAAGAAACCCAAACUGGACAAGAAAAAGGAGUAUGACGAAGACGACAGGGAUGACCGUAGAGGCAGAGCAGGGCCAAGACAGAAGGGCAAAGGAGGCUUCAAGGGAAAAGGAGCUCCAGGCAAGAAGGGAGGUAAGUUCUCGGGAAAGAAGGUUGGUGGUGAUUACAAAGGGAAGUCAAAGUAUGCCGGCAAAAAGGGCGAAGGGAAAAGCCCUAAGGGACAAGGCAAACCGAAGUUUAAAGGAGGUAAGAAAAAAUAGUCGAUAAGGAGUUGCGUUUCAAUAUAACAUAGAUGAUUAUUGAUUA